AUCAUCAUCGUCUCUCCCGCCUUCCAAGGAGUCCUGUACUCACCUGCGUUCGUCGGGCUCUUUGUCACGGAGCUCACGCUCGUGCUCUCUCUGUGUUUUUUGGUACAUCGGAACAUAGGAGAGAAAAAAAAUUAAAACGGGACUACGUCCUCAUCCUAGCGCGCAGCACCGCCGACGACGAUUCGGGGCUCAAAAGCUUUAUGUAAGAUGCUUGCUGAAGGAAGCAACCGCACUCGAGUUUCAGCAGCGAUAGCCCCUCGCAAAAUCAAUGUGCAGAAAUAUGCAGAAUCCCGAGCUCUUGAGCUUAAAAGUCUUAACUCCAUUAUAGCCAAUCGAGUAAAUAGUGAUUUUAGGUCCCAAAGAAACAAGAGAAGAAGAACAACUGCAUAUGAUAACCAAAAUGCCAGAGAACGGUGUAGAAGGAAAAGAAGAAAGCGGGGAAUAUUUGAUGAAAGCAAUUCUUCUGUUUUGGAGAAGGACCAGAUAAAUAAGCUUCCAAGGCGUGUUCGACGGAGACUGGAACUUAAAAUGAACCCAGAGAAUGGCUUUUGCAGUUCAGGUGACGGAACUAGGAGGCUGAGAACUCAUGUUUGGCAUGCUAAGCGGUUCACCAUGACCAGGCUUUGGGGCUACCACCUUCCUCUAGGUCUGCAAGGCAGGGGAAGGGGUUCAAGGGCACUUUUGAAAAGGCUUAAACAAGGGGUGCUUGUACAUGAUGCAAGCUAUUGUACUGCCCUCCAGCUGGAGGGUCCAGAGGUUUGUAUUCUUUCCACUGAUUCCUUGAUUUCAGUAUUAAGAAUGGUACUAGUGCCUUCCCCAGAUACCGAUGAUGGAAAUAAUGAUGAUUCUGUUCUUUCUGGUCUCUCCUAUGGGACUGCUAUGCUCUGUGGAGUGGGAGAACCUUCUCAUGUGAUAGCUCCUGUGACUUAUAUGUGGCGACCAGUUUCCAAUCAAGAUGUGAGUUUAGAGCUUGAUGUAGAGCAUAGGACUUCCUUUAGACAGCAUGAUAUGAGUGAUCAAACAAGUAAACGUGAGAUUGAUGAAUGUGAAAAGUCUGACAGUAUGAGACCUAGUGCUUCCUUUAGACAGCUUUGGGUGUGGAUACAUGCUUCUGCCUUUGAAGAAGGAUAUGAUAUGCUAAAGCUGGCAUGCCAUAAAGAGAUGGAAAAAGAUGGCAUUGUGAUCAAGUAUGUUUCUCUUGAUGGCCAACUUGCCAAAUUAGAAUUAAUGGGAUCAAAGUCAUUUCAACUUCUUCAAAAGAUAUUGCAUCCUGUUACAGGAAUUUCAGAGAAACAUUGGCAGUUGAAAAAACAUUUGGCUACAGAGGAGGGUUCUAUUUCUCAGAAUAACAAAUCACCUAUAUUUGAAAGUGAGGAUAAUUUUUCUUAUCAUGCAAUGUUAUCUCUUAAUGUUAAGGAUCCUCGAUUAUUGCCCAAGAAAAGUACCACAGUCCCACUGGAGCCAACUUUGAUUGAGGCAUUGUGUGAUAAGCCACAAGGUAAAUGUGAGGAGCUUCCUGACUUGGGAGGGACAUUGGUGAAUAACGAAGACGUACCCUCAUUUUCAUCAACGAAACUUGAAGACAACCAGUACGGCAAUAGUGAUCUGUGGGGUGCUACCACUAGAGUACUAAGGCCUCCAUUUGAAGAGAGUGUCAUUUCUAAGGAGAAACAUCGCAAACGCAUUAUCAAUUUCUGCCUUGAUGAUGAAAAUUUCAGUGAGGCGAACUUCUUAUCCAAGGAGCAGUGCUCAACAUCUUGUCCUAUUCUGCUUUUGAAAAAUGACAAGAAGGAAUUGGUUAUAGGAUGGUCUAUAAUACUACCUUUGAGUUGGGUCAAAGCCUUCUGGAUUCCUCUCAUCUCUAAUGGGGCACAUGCAAUAGGUUUGAGAGAGAAGCACUGGAUUGCAUGUGAAAUGGGGCUACCAUUUUUUCCUUCAGAUUUCCCAGAUUGUAAGGCAUAUUGUUGCUUUAUGAAAGCUAAAGCCGCUUCGCUUGACCAUAAAGCAGAAAUUUGCCCCCUAUCCAUAAGGCCUUUGAGAGUUCCCAUGCCUCCUAGAUGGGCUAUUGUUCGCAUCAGUAUUAACAAAGAGACUGGUAAUGUGGAAUUUCCUAGAGUUUCAACUGGGGAAAAUGCGCCUAAUGCCAAUUCAUCUCCAAACUCCUGCCAUGAAAGCUUUAAAAUUUCGUCAUCUGAGUGUGAUGGUAAUCUGUUUGAUGGAAUUGUAGCAAGGACAGGUUCUAUGCUGAUUAGAUUCCUUGAUGAAAUCAAGGCUGGUCAAUUGCUUUUGUUUCCCCAUGCUGCACACGAAAAGUCUCGAGUCUAUAAGUUUGUCAAAGGUGAGGCAAAGCUUGAUUUAAGCACCAGAAACUUUGGUAGUCAUGACCGUAAGCUGGGCUUUGUUAGAGUUUAUCUCUGCCCAUAUAAGGAAGGCAUUUUUGAAGAGGGAGCCGUUGUUUGUGCACCUUUCCCUUCCGAUAUAUCUUUGAGGAUUUCAAGUUCUGAGAAAAGUGAGAUGUUUGAGGGUGAUAGGGGAUUGUACUCCCAACAUCCAUCUUCUGGUAAUUGUGGAUUGCAUAUUCCAGACGAGUCAAUAGCCAAAGAAUCUCAUCGGUGGCCUAUUGGCUUUGUCACAACUCCAAGUGUUCAAGGAAGCAAGAAGCUAGUUGCAGAGGGUCUUUGUGAAGCUAUCUUACUAGCUCGUUUAAGAGAGGAGCAGUGGAAGGAGAAACCUCCCAAGCGAAGGAAGAUGGAGAUAUACGUACUUGUGAGGAAUCCAAGAUCUUCGGUAUAUCGACUUGCCCUUGCCUCCAUAGUCCUAGAGCGUCAAGAAAAUGACGUUGACUUUUUGUAGGAUUAUUUGUUUGGUUGAUGAAUGCAACGCCCGACAUAGGGUUAAUUGUUUAUUUAUUUGUUUGUUAUUACCAUUGUUAUCUUUUUCUUUUGCUUAUGAUAAAUUACAUAGGGGAGCAACUUGAGAGAAAGUAACUUCAUAAUUUUGUUUUGUAUCCUUUUCAUUAAUACAAUAGAAUUAUGAUCUCCAUGCUUCCA